AUGUCUUUCUCUGCCUGUAUGACUCAGGUGUACUUCUUCUCAUUGUCAGCUGCUUCUGAUAUAUUUCUACUGACCUCCAUGUCCUAUGACCGAUACGUAGCAAUCUGUAAGCCAUUACAAUAUUCCUUACUGAUGAGUAAAGAUGUAUGCCUUUCAUUGGCUCUGUCCACUUGGCUUAUAUCUGUGACUUAUGCAGCAGUAAAUGUGUUGGCCGCAUCUCUGUUAUCCUUCUGUCUCACACAAAAGGUUGACCAUUUCUUUUGUGAUGUGAAAGAACUGUAUGCAAUAUCCUCUAGUGAUGUUACAGGCAGAAACAUACUUCUGUUAUGUGAGGACUUACUGUUUGCAGCUUUUCCUUUCUUGCUCAUUCUGACUUCCUACGUAUUCAUCAUCUCCACCAUACUGAAAAUUAAUUCCUCGGAGGGACGACUGAAAGCUUAUUCCAGUUGCACCUCCCACCUCACCACGGUAAUAUUAUUCUAUGGUCCAGCCAUUGUAUUUACGGCAAACCAGAGUCUGAAGGGCAAACCAGAGUCUGAAGGUUCUAAGGAGCUGGACAAGUUGCUGGCCUUGCUUUACACGGUUUGUGGUCCCAAUGCUCAACCCAUUUGUCUACUCUUUGAGGAACAAAGAUAUUUUUUGAAGGCCAUAAGAAGUAUAAAAAGAAAGUCAACAACGCUUCUGUAUGUUCCUGAUUAUACUGUAAAUGUUUCAAUAUUGUUUUCAAAUAUCUUUCAUUACCAUUUUUACAAAUGGUUGACUAAUACUAAGGAUUGUAACUUGUUUUUUUUUUUAUGGUUGAACUGGUGGACUUUUGUCUUUUUUCAGCCAGACUAA